AUGCAUUAUCAGGCUGAAUGUUAUGAGCCUUUCUCUACAACCACACCUCGUCUACCGCUAUAUAGUGGGGGGUCAGCGCGAACGCUAUUCCCCCAAACGCAAAAAUUAUGCUGUUGGCUGACCCCAACUCGGGAUAGCCACACAGGUCAGCCUGAACCGAAAGUGCAAUGGCCAAGCCUCACUGUGAAGCCCCCGCCUUCUUGA